AUUUGUGGACGUUAUAACACUCCCUUCACACUCACUUCCCAUUCACUCCCUCCCUCACUCACUCACUCAUCACUGUGUCCAAAAUGGGCCAAAUUCUCAAUUCCAUUGUUUUCUUCCUUUUCUUCUUUUCACUUUCCCUAAACCAAGUUCUUUCUUCAGAUGAAGAACUUCCCAAAACCUUCAUUUUCCGUGUCAAUUCUUAUUCCAAACCCUCCAUUUUCCCAACCCACUAUCACUGGUACACAGCUGAAUUCACUGAACAAACCAAUAUCCUUCAUACAUACGACACUGCUUUCCAUGGCUUCUCUGCAGUACUCACUCGCCAACAAGUUGCUUCUAUUAGCAACCAUCCUUCUAUCCUCGCUGUUUUCGAGGAUCGUCGUAGACAGCUUCACACAACUCGCUCGCCUCAGUUUCUUGGACUUCGCAACCAGCGAGGUCUUUGGUCGGAGUCAGAUUAUGGAUCCGAUGUAAUUGUCGGUGUCUUUGACACCGGCAUUUGGCCUGAACGCCGGAGCUUCUCUGAUAUGAAUUUGGGUCCUAUUCCACGUCGUUGGAAAGGAGUUUGUGAAUCUGGUGAAAAAUUCUCACCCAGAAACUGUAACAGAAAACUCAUCGGUGCUAGAUACUUUUCCAAAGGUCAUGAAGUUGGUGCUGGUUCUGCUGGGCCUUUGAACCCAAUCAACGAAACAGUUGAGUUUCGAUCCCCUCGUGACGCCGACGGUCAUGGGACCCACACAGCCUCCACUGCCGCUGGCCGCUACGCUUUCCAAGCUAACAUGUCCGGUUACGCUUCCGGUAUCGCCAAAGGUGUUGCUCCGAAAGCUAGAUUAGCAGUUUACAAAGUUUGCUGGAAAAACUCCGGUUGUUUCGAUUCCGAUAUCCUCGCCGCCUUUGACGCAGCCGUCAACGACGGCGUUGAUGUAAUUUCUAUUUCAAUCGGCGGCGGAGAUGGUAUAGCUUCACCUUACUAUCUCGACCCGAUUGCAAUCGGAUCUUACGGUGCUGUUUCAAGAGGAGUUUUCGUUUCAUCCUCCGCCGGAAACGAUGGACCAAGUGGAAUGUCAGUAACCAACCUCGCUCCAUGGUUAACAACCGUAGGAGCAGGCACUAUAGAUCGUGAUUUUCCAUCUCAAAUCAUCAUCGGAGACGGAAGAAAAUUCUCUGGUGUAUCCCUCUACUCCGGUGCAGCUUUAAAAGGUAAAAUGUAUCAAUUAGUUUACCCUGGAAAAUCCGGUGUUCUUGGUGAUUCACUCUGCAUGGAAAAUUCUUUAGAUCCAAAACAAAUUAGAGGAAAAAUUGUAGUGUGUGAUAGAGGAAGUAGCCCUAGGGUUGCGAAGGGGUUGGUAGUGAAGAAAGCUGGUGGCGUUGGAAUGAUUCUCGCAAACGGAAUCUCAAACGGUGAAGGACUCGUCGGAGACGCUCAUCUUCUUCCAGCUUGUGCCGUUGGUUCCAACGAAGGAGAUAUCAUCAAAGCUUAUAUCAGCUCAACCGCGAAUCCAACGGCCACCAUUGAUUUCAAAGGAACUAUCCUGGGAAUCAAACCAGCUCCGGUUCUAGCUUCUUUUUCAGCCAGAGGACCGAACGGUUUGAACCCACAGUUACUUAAACCGGAUUUAAUUGCUCCGGGGGUUAAUAUACUUGCAGCUUGGUCUGAUGCGGUGGGUCCCACCGGUCUUGAUUCUGAUACACGAAGAACUGAGUUUAAUAUCUUGUCUGGUACUUCAAUGGCUGCACCGCAUGUUAGCGGUGCCGCAGCGUUGUUGAAAUCUGCUCAUCCUGAUUGGAGUCCCGCCGCCGUGAGAUCCGCCAUGAUGACCACCGCUUCUGUUCUUGAUAACAGAAACCUCCCAAUGCUGGAUGAGGCUACCGGAAACAAUUCCACACCUUAUGAUUUUGGGUCGGGUCAUCUUAAUUUGGGUAGAGCAAUGGAUCCUGGGUUGGUUUAUGAUAUCACUAACAGUGAUUAUGUUAAUUUUCUCUGUGCUAUUGGUUAUGAACCUAAGGUUAUUCAGGUAAUUACACGCAAACAGGAGAAAUGUCCGGUGAGGAAGUCUUCACCGGAGAAUCUAAAUUACCCGUCAUUUGUGGCUAUGUUUCCGGUGGGUUCUAGAAAGGUGGCUUCAAAGACGUUUAUAAGGACUGUGACUAAUGUGGGACCGGUGAAUUCGGUUUAUCGUGUGAAUGUAGAGUCGCAGAUUAAGGGGGUAACAGUGACGGUGAGGCCGUCAAAGCUUGUUUUCACGGAGGGAGUGAAGAAGAGGAGUUAUGUUGUGACGGUAACGGCGGAUACCCGAAACAUGAAGAUGGAUCCUUCUGGAGCGGUUUUCGGGUCGCUUACGUGGACGGAUGGUAAACAUGUGGUUCGGAGCCCCAUUGUCGUUACUCAAAUAGAACCGUUGUAGAGGAGGACAAGACAUGAGGUUCGAUCAUGUUGUUUUGAUCGAUGCCACACGUCACGUGUGAAUGGUGCCUCAUUGAAUUGCCACGCGGAGUAAUACUACUAGACUACAAAAUAUCUUUAGUUUUUUUCUUCUUCUUUUUCUUUUUUAACUUAUUAAGACUGUAAUGCUUUUGCUUUGGUGUACUUUUUUAAACAGUUUUUCUUUGGUUUUACUUCAGCUUGUACUAUUUCUAGACUUUUAGAUGUCUAGUUAUAUAGAUCAUAAAGAAAUUUAUAGGAUAAGUUAUGAUUUGUGAUUUCCAUUUUA